UUUGCAAUGGUACGGGAAAUAUAAAUAAUAGUGUAUGGUAAUCAAUUUCUAUAUAUACUCUGCCAACACCCUUCAGUUUAUGGGCUUCAGAUAAAUUGGAAUAUGCUGAGACCAUUUAAUUAACUGGGUAAUUUUAAAAAAAAAUAAAUGCGUCUCCGCAAUCAAUUUCUAUAUAUAAUCUGCUAACACCCUUCAGAUAAAUUUAAAUUUUGAAAAUAGAAUUGAAGGGAAACAACUGAGAUCUGGAUAAUCUAAAAUUAACUACGCAAUUUUAUGGCUGCUAAAUACAAACAAAGAAAACUUGAACAAGAAUAAAUAAAACAAAAUGGCUUUGACAGAAGAAUUAAUAAUUCCCUAUAUGGAUAUGGGGGCUUACCCAGCCUGUUCAAAUGUACGAUGGGUCGAAUAUCCUGGACGUUGUAAUUAUGUGAAAUUAACUGCGGAAUGCACUAGUGUUGGCUCAUUUGUAGAUUACGUGAAUCUAUAUUACUGUAUUCUUGAACCAUUGUCACCGUUUCAAGAAUUUCUUGCUAUGAGCACUGUAUUUCUAACAUGUAUAGUAAUAUUUUUUAUAUUAAAUAUUACAGCUGACAGGUUCUUUUGCCCAGCACUCAAAGUAAUAGCCACGGUAUUCGGUAUGAGUGAACAUUUAGCCGGUGUCACCCUAGUGGCUUUUGGUAAUGGAUCACCAGACUUGUUUUCUACUUUAAGCUCAGUACGCGAUUUUUCACGUGCAAUAUUCUCCGAUAUGACUGGCGGUGCAAUAUAUGUUGUCAACUUUGUUGCAGGACUUAUAUGUGUUUUUGCACCAUUUCAAAUGCAAGGUUAUAAUAUUCUUCGGGAUGUGUCCUUCCUCACAUUAGCGUUCUUAUAUAUUGAGUACGCUAUAAUUUCAGAUGGCAAAGUUACUACAAAAGAAAGUACUAGAAUGUUAAUAAUUUAUUUUACAUACUUAACUAUUAUUCUUUUUGAUCAGUACCUACUUAAAAGAGGAAUCUCACGAUUAGAAAAAAUUCUAAGAAGAAGACCGUUUCUGCCUGAACGUACGAAAGAAGAAAUUCGAGCAGAAAUUAAUAUACUUCGAGCAGAAGCAGAUAUGCAGCUUUUAUCUAGAGUUUCCAAAACUAGCGUAAUUAGUACAGAGGAGCGGCGUGUUUCAUCAUAUAUACAGGAUGUCGGAUCAAAUAACAAGCUGAUUGCACAAUUCUUAAAUUCCAUAAAUCCCUUUGAAGAAGGUGAAUGGGAAAAUGGUACUAAAUUUCAGAGAAGUACCUUGAUAUUAAAAAUUCCCAUAAGGUUAAUGUUGCUACUGUUUAUGCCUAUAUGUGAUUACGAGUUGGAUGCUCAUGGCUGGUCAAAACUAUUAAACUGUCUGCAAGUUGCAUAUAUGCCGCUUGGUAGCCUUUGUUGCCUUUUCCGAAAUAAGUUUUAUCUAAUAAUAAACUACGUGCGCCUGAUGGUAUUGCUUAUACCGCCUGCAGCCUUUUAUUUAUUUUUGAGAACGAAAACAUACAGGCCACCAAAAUAUCAUGUCAUGUUCGCAUUACUCACCACCUAUGGAUCAAUGUUCAUCAUAUAUACAUGCGCUUGCGAAGUGGUUCAAGUACUACACAUAUUCGGGCUUAUACUUGGCAAAAGCAAAGCCUUUUUAUAUUGUACUAUAUUGGCUUGGGGUAAUGGUGUUGGCGAUUUAGUAUCGAACUUAACAUUUGCAUUUGGAGGUUACCAAAAAAUGGGAUUUGCAGCGUGUCUUGGAGCUCCAUUUUUCAAUACUCUUUUGGGGGUGGGUACAGUUUAUCUAUAUAGAUGCACAAAUGGUGAAAGAGGUUUUACACCGGCCAGAACUGGGUAUUUAGGUGAAAACAGUUUUGUGUUUCUUAUUGUAACGCUUUCCUGCUUACUGACAUGGACGCUGAGUACCAACUAUUACGCGCGACGUAUUAUGGGUCUUUUUCACGUUGCUUUCUAUAUACUUUUCGUAGGAUAUGCUUAUAUGGUCGAAACUGAAUUCAUGCAAACAUUUGCCCCUUUUGGGUAGAUAGCCAGCAUGAGAACUCUAACUGCGAGAUAUAUAAUAAUUGUCUGUCACAAUAUUUAACAAUUCCUUUAGCUGUACUUGUACUUUAUAAACCAAGGCCGGAGAAACCGCCAUAUUAUAAUGUUCCGUUAGAAUUUCACGCCACCUAUGGAUCAAUCUACAUACUUUUUCUUUGUGCUCAAAUCUCCAGCUUCUGGAGCUUUGUCACUGUCACCGGAUAACCAGAUUUGGGCUUGCGAAGUAAUUUAAAGAUUUUGUCAAUAUUACGAGAUUGACAUAUGAAGGUGUAAUUCACAGUCACAUACAGACUUCCAUCAAUAUAAUGGGCGAAACUAUGAAUUUCUCAUGGGAUAUCAGUAGCUCAUUGAUCGCGUUAAGGUAUUACACCAAACAAAAGCAGAUGCACUCUAUAAAAUAGGAGAAAAUGAUAUCAUACACAUAUUGCCAGCGUGAGCUACGCUUCAACAAAUAUGGUUAAAGUGAACGUUCCAGUUGUCCAAAUGGCAUAUCAGUGGCUGAUUGAUCGCAGUUAGGUAUCACACCAAGCAAAAGCAACUGCACUCUACAAGAUAGGAGAAAAGGAAGAUAUCAUCCAUAUAUUGGCGCACUGAGAUUCUAUUACGUAAAAGUGAACUGUCUCUACACGAAAUUGCAGUUGUUCAAAUGACAUAUUAGUAGCCGAUUGAUCGCGUUCAUCCACAUAUUGGCACACUGAGCUACGCCUCAACAAAUAAGAUUCUAUAAGGUUGUGAACUGUCUUUACACGGAUGUUGCAGUUGUCAGUAGCUGAUUGAUCGAGUUCAGGAGA